ACCAUUAAUUGAUAUAAGUUAUGGUUAACCAAACCAAUGCUGUUUUUGGUUUCAAUAAUUUAGUUAGGUCUCCAAAUAUGAAUUUCUUGUUAUCUUUUAGGGUUAAAACAAUUAACACAAAUGAAAAUUCACGAUACACAAAUGUCACUAGUCUCUUUCUGUCAUUAAAAACAUAAAAUGUUUAGAUUUCUGUGUUCCAAUUCCUCCAUACAUCAAAUAUUAAUUAUCUUAUAUAUAUAUAUAACAAAAGAAAAUUUAUGAAGAUAACAAGAAAUGAACGCUACAAAUUGAAGAAAGCUGUCAAACCCAUUAAAUUUAAAAAUUUUGAGUUGAAAUAUAGUGAGUUUUAAAAAUUUGGAUUAAAGUGCAAAUAGUUAAUUGCCUUUGCCCAUUCUCGCCGUCGAUGGCCAUGAAAACGAGAUGCGUCAAAGAGAUGGAGACAAAUAAUUCACCCUAUACAAGGGGCACAUGCUUGUAGCUUAUGCAUCGGAACCACAAAAGCACUAAUUAGCUACUCUUACAGCAAGGAUUAAUCAUCUCUAGCUAUUCAGGCUCAGAUGCUAUGGCUCCAUCCAUGGAAACCAAACUUGGUAGCUCACUUCCAGUGCCAAGCGUUCAGGAGUUGGCAAAGAAGUCACCGAACAAAGUCCCAUCAAAAUAUGUGCGUCCUGAUCUUGAGCCUUCAAUCGCAUCCAAGGCUGCUUUGCAUCAAGUACCGGUGAUUGAUAUACAGAAGUUGUCUGCAGAUCACCUGGAUUUAGAGCUGGAAAAGUUUCAUUAAGCAUGCAGAGAAUGGGAUUUCUUUCAGUUGAUUAACCAUGGAGCGAACAAGUCAUCGAUAGAGAACAUGAAGAGAGAGCUUCAAGCACUCUUUAAUCUACCAAUGGAGGAGAAGAAGAAGCUAUGGCCGAAACCAGGAAACAUGGAGGGAUUUGGACAGCAUUUUGUUAUGUCUGAGGAUCAGAAGCUAGAUUGGGCAGAUCUUUUCUUCUUGAACAUGCUUCCAAUCCAUAUGAGGAAACCCCAUCCCUUCUCUGCACUCCCUACGUGUUUCAGAGAAGCUGUGGAAGAUUACUCAGCAGAACUAAGAGAUCUGGCCAUGCGAAUUCUUGAACAAAUGGCAAGAGCUCUUUGCAUGGACUUUAACGAAAUAAAAGAGAACUACCAAGAAGGAUGGCAGGCAAUGAGAAUGAACUACUACCCUCCAUGUCCACAACCAGACCUCGUUAUCGGCCUCAACCCCCACUCUGAUCCUAAUUGAUACUAGUAAGUUUGUUGCAUGAGGGAUUUUCUAGAAGGGUGAUUCAAUGUAUUACUCGUGAUCUGAUCUUAAUUUUAUAUUACGCCAAUGAAGCGUUGGCAAUGAUAAUUAAGGGCAUUAUGCUUGAUUCUGAUGUCUCAGGAUCAAACCUCUUUUUUUCUCAAUUUGAUGUAAUCUGCUCUAUAUAGACUUUAAAUGAAAGU